GAGGAUGUAAAAGGAAGGCGGGGCAGAUAUAGGUUGACUGGUGAUUGACAUUGAUCUGGCGGCUUUUUUUUUUAUUUUAUUUAUUUGAUUUUACCGAACCUCAAAUCCGCUACGGCGCCAGGAAAAUUUAGGAACGCAAAGAGGGAACUCAUUAUUCAUCCGCGUAAGGAUUGGUUCAUUAUUCAGGUCGACAUGAAGGGAUUAUAUUGUCAGCUGAAAUCUUCAGCCCCCGAAGAAAUGUUUUUAUUUCAGGAAGUGGAUAAUACUCCGCGGCCUAGUGAACACCAUGUGAAAGUCCAAGUGAAAGCUUGUGCACUGAGUCCCAUCAACAUAAAGCUGCUAUCCGAAGUGGAGAUGAGCAGAGAGUUUGCCCCAGUUGGAAGAGAAGUGACCGGCGUCAUUUUAGAAGUUGGAACCAAGGUGUCCUUUUUCCAGCCGGAUGAUGAAGUAGUUGGCAUCUUGCCGCUCGACGCAGAAGACUCCGGGCUUUGUGAAGUUCUCUGGGUACACGAGCAUCAUUUGGUUCUCAAGCCAGAAAAGGUUAGCUGGAUGGAGGCUGCCGGCGCUGUCCGCGAUGGUUUAUCUGCCUAUACAGCAUUGCAUACCCUGGCUCACCUCGGACCAGGAAAAUCUGUGCUGGUGAUAGACGGUGCGAGUCCAUUCGGAACGCUUGCUAUCCAGUUAUCGCACCACAGAGGAGCCGCGGUGAUUGCUACAGCGUAUAGCGAUGAAGACAAGCAGUAUUUAGAGAAACUUAAACCGCGUAUAGCUCGUGUGCUCGAUAUGUCUAAAGGGAACGUGGAGCUAGCGGAGAGCUGCUUGGAGGAGACGGGGGGUCUUGGAGUGGACAUUGUAGUUGAUGCUGGAGUGAUUCUGUACAAAAAGGAGGACGUGAUUACCAAACCGCAGCCUCGUCCGCACAAACAUGACAUCAUUUCGCUUCUCGCCGUGGGAAGCCACUGGGUAACGAGACAGGAGAAUCUCCAGCUGGACCCACCGGACAGCCGGACCCUCUUCCUUAAAGGAGCAUCGCUCUCUUUUCUCAAUGACGAAGUCUGGAAUUUAUCUCAUGCACAGCAAGGGAGAUAUCUCCAUAUCCUAAAAGACGUGAUGGAAAAAACAUCGAGUGGAAUACUCAGGCCUUUGUUAGAUGACCCGGUUCCUUUGUACGAAGCGAAAGUCGUCAUGGAAAUGGUUCAGCGGAACGAGGUGAGGAAACGCCAAGUUGUCCAGCUCUGAGACCCGGUGGAGGACGUUGCUCUGGGGGUCCAGAUGGAGCCCCCACCUGCAGAUAAGCUGCUCCGGGAUCCUGAGAAAGGGCCGAAGGACGAAUCGUUACAAAGCCCCGUCUG